CCGGGCGGGGCUGCGCUCUACUCCCCGCACCUCAGGUUCGACGUCCCGGCUGUGGCCGCGCAAACUCUGCUGUUUGCGCGCCGCAGGGACGAGGAGGUGACCGAGAGGCGGCUGGGGGGGAACCCCCGCUCCCUGAGCCGCGCAGGGCGUCCUCCCCUUCCUCCGGCGGCAUGGGCUGCGCUGGGCUGCUGUGGGUGCUGCUGCUGCUUGUCUGCCUGGGCAUGGAGCUGGCGAGUGGGGGUGGAAAGAAGUCUUACACCGGGCCAUGUGGGGGCCGUGACUGCAGCGCUGGAUGCAAAUGUUUUCCAGAGAAGGGCGCAAGGGGUCGACCAGGACCGAUUGGGAUUCAAGGACCAAUAGGCGCUCCUGGAUUUACUGGUCCAGAAGGUUUGCUGGGAGCAAAAGGAGAGAGAGGAGCAGUGGGCCCCCCCGGACCACCUGGACACAAAGGCAUCAAGGGCUCAAUGGGAGUUCCAGGAUUUCAAGGAAUCAAUGGGAUCCCAGGUCACCCUGGCCAGUCUGGACCCAGAGGUCUGCCUGGCCUUGAUGGCUGCAAUGGUACCAUUGGGAGUCCUGGUGUUCCUGGAACAGAUGGAUUUCCUGGCAUUCCUGGACUGCCGGGUCGUCCUGGCCCAAAAGGUCUUAAAGGAGAACCUGUUUUUGCUCAAGGCAGCCUUAAAGGAAUGAAGGGAGAAAAUGGUCUUCCUGGACUGGACGGAAUUUCUGGCCCAAAAGGUUUUCCAGGUCCAACAGGUUCUGCAGGCCCUAUAGGAUUACCAGGUUUGCAAGGUCCAGUGGGUCCCCCCGGGCCACCAGGUCCCAAAGGUAAUAUGGGAUUAGGCUUUCAAGGAGAGAAAGGAGAAAAGGGAGAUGUAGGACUGCCUGGCCCUCCAGGUCCCCCACCAUCCACUGGAAUACUAGAAUUCAUGGGAUUCCCCAAAGGGAAGCAAGGAGAAAAGGGUGAGCCAGGCCUUCAAGGAUUGCCGGGCGAAAAAGGAUUGCCUGGCCUGCCGGGCUUUGGAGGUGUUGGAGAAAAAGGAGAAAAAGGUGUGCCUGGCUUGCCAGGUGGCAGGGGUCUUCUGGGACUGGAUGGAUCUGAUGGGAUUCCAGGGAGAAAGGGUCAUCCAGGUGUUCCCGGCUAUCCAGGACUGGAUGGAGUUGAAGGCACAAAGGGUGAAUUAGGUGACAUCGGUCCCCCAGGCCCUCCUAUCGUUGUUGACAGGGAAGGUGUAGUCAUUUCAGGUGCCCCAGGUGACCCUGGAAACCCAGGAAUACCUGGUCCUCCAGGAGAUGAAGGGGGCAGUGGUUUGCCAGGCCUUCCAGGAGCUCCAGGGUUUCCAGGCCUGGAGAGAGAUGGAAUGGGCCCUGGGGGGUCUCCAGGGAUUCCAGGUGUGAAGGGCGAAAUGGGAGAACCAGGAAGAGCAACGAUUGGAUUACCAGGCAGUCCUGGUAGAGAUGGUUUACCAGGUCUGCCAGGAGCACCAGGAUUGCCUGGCUCAUCACGCCCUUCAUUCCUCCCGGGCGCAAUCCUGGAUGGAAGGACUGGGGCCCCUGGGGAGCCUGGACAGAGAGGGCUUCCAGGAGCUUUGGGUCCAAAGGGUUUCAAAGGAGAGGCAGGUGAUUGUGCUUGUGAUGGAGGAGUUAUGAGACCUGGUGUAAAAGGCAUCUCAGGUCCACAAGGUCCAACGGGAAUCCCUGGUGUGCCUGGGAUCAAGGGCAUUAGUGGAGACCCAGGCACUGUGGGCGCACCAGGACUGCGAGGCCCUCUGGCUUCAGCUGGCCAGCAAGGUCUUCCAGGCCUUAAGGGAGAAAAAGGAGAUUCAUCCUAUGCAACAGGCAGAGGUGCUCGUGGGGAUCGUGGUGCGACGGCGCCCAGAGGACCUUCAGGCAUCCCAGGAACUCCUGGCAGGGAUGGACUUCCAGGUCUGCCAGGCCCGCCAGGCCCUCCAGGGGAUGGUGCGCUGGGAUUCCCAGGUGAAAAAGGACUGCCAGGAUUACCUGGCACCAAGGGCCAUCACGGAGAGGCUGGUUCUCCUGGCGUUGGAUAUCCAGGUCCCAGUGGAGUUCGUGGGCCGCCAGGUGACCCAGGGCUGGAUGGCCUUCCAGGACAAGCAGGUCUUCCAGGACCCCCGGGUAUCACCUUGCCCUGCAUAGUCCCUGGAGCGUAUGGGCCCCCUGGGAUUCCCGGCUUCCCAGGAUUGCCAGGUCCCAAAGGCAGCAAAGGCUUUCCUGGCAUUCCAGGGCAACCUGGAUUACAUGGGUCAAAAGGACAGCCAGGGUCUCCAGGAAUAAUUGGCUUGCAAGGGGAACCUGGCUUCCCUGGACCUCGAGGAGAGCAAGGGUCCCAAGGACUUCCAGGACUGGAUGGGACAGAUGGUUUGCCUGGGAAGAUGGGUCCUUCAGGCUUAGCUGGAGCUAAAGGAGCUCCUGGAGAUGUGUUUGGUGCUGAGAGUGGAGCCCAGGGAGAGCGUGGCCGACCUGGACUCCCGGGUGAUAAAGGGUUUGCAGGUGAUAUUGGAUUUCCAGGACCAAAAGGGCUGGAUGGGAGACCAGGCCUCCUAGGUAUUAAAGGUGAACUGGGUAAUCCAGGCUAUUCCGGUGUCCCUGGAUUGCGAGGACCUCCUGGCCCUGGAGGUCCUUUUGGCAUUAAGGGAAAACCAGGACCGUUGGGAUCGGUUGGCCUGGCAGGAGCUCCAGGCUGUCAAGGACUUCCUGGAGUCAAAGGAUUGGCUGGGGAUGUAGGUCCUCAAGGCCCUGCCGGAAUGAAAGGCUUCCCAGGUCUUGACGGUGCUCCAGGAUCUCCUGGGGAAAGAGGAUUCUUGGGGCCACCUGGGCCUUUUGGUCACGAUGGACGUCCAGGUUUCUCUGGGCCAAAAGGUGAGAAGGGAUCUUCUGGCCUGCUUGGUUUCCCUGGCAUGCCAGGCCUGCCUGGUGUCCCUGGGGUCAAUGGGUUUAAAGGAGCUCCUGGCGCAGCUGGAGGAAUCGGAAGCCCUGGAGUUCUGGGACUGCAAGGUCAAAAAGGUGACAGAGGCGAUGUAGGUCCACCUGGUCUUCCUGUUCUUGGGCCUCCACAACAGGCACUGCAAUUCAAAGGAGACAAAGGAGAUCCUGGAUUAGCUGGACUUGGAGGAUUCCCAGGACCUAGAGGUGAUAAAGGAAUCCCAGGAAGCCGUGGACAGCCAGGUCUUCCUGGACCUGCUGGGUCAGCAAGCAGAGAGAGAGGUUUUCAUGGUGAGCCAGGCUUCCCAGGUCCAUCUGGACAGCCUGGGCUGCCAGGACAGAAGGGUGCACGUGGCAUCAUAGGAUUUCCAGGAAUGCCAGGAGAGAGGGGUUCAGAUGGUAUCACAGGACCACUUGGAUUCCCAGGACCUAUUGGCCUCCCUGGUCCAAAGGGUGACCAGGGAGAGCCUCUUGGCGUUCCUGGCAGUGCUGGAGUGAAAGGAGAGCGAGGGGACCCGGGCUUCCCAGGGGAGAGAGGUAGAGAAGGGCUCAAGGGUGAAGCUGGCUUUCCAGGAAGCACUGGAGUGAAUGGGCUCAAAGGUGGCCCAGGAGAUGUUGGCCAAGAAGGACCAGCAGGAAUUCCUGGAAAUGCUGGGCUGAGAGGAAUCCCUGGGCCACCAGGGCCUCCAGGGCAGCCGGGAUCUGUCGGAUUCCCUGGGGCUCGUGGAACAGCAGGACCCAAAGGGUUUCAUGGAUUUCCAGGUUUAAAUGGUCUGAAUGGCUUGCCAGGCACAAAAGGGUCUCCUGGAACACCAGGUCUGAGUGAAGUUGGACUGAAAGGCCCUGCAGGUCUCCCGGGUGUGAAGGGUGAAGAAGGUUCUCCAGGCUUGGGUAGAGGUGCUCUAGGAUUUCCGGGACCAAAAGGCUCAUCAGGAGACAUGGGUCCCCCGGGUCCUGUGGGACUGCCAGGCUUGCCAGGAAGUCCUGGAGUUUCUCUUCCUUCUGAUAUACGUGGGAGGCCUGGGGAUGCUGGCCACCCAGGACUUGAUGGGAGUUCAGGUCUUCCAGGUCCUCCAGGACCACGAGGGCCCCCUGGCCCAGCUUCUGACCAAGGUGACACAGGCAGUCCAGGUUUCCCUGGUGUGCUUGGCUUGCGAGGCAUUAAGGGCGACGUGGGACCCACUGGUCCAAUCGGGCUCCCUGGAGUGUCUGGAUUCAAAGGUGUAAGAGGUGAGCCUGGACUUAUGGGGAUGCCAGGUAAAGACGGGCCUCCAGGGGAUCCUGGUUACCCUGGCCUGAAAGGUGAAAUGGGCCGUCGAGGUCUCCCUGGCCGACCGGGGGCUCCAGGUAUAACCCCACAGCCAGAAGAAAUCACAGCCCCUGCAGGCUUACCUGGUCUGCCAGGGAUUGAUGGUGUGCCUGGCUUUGAUGGAGAUCCUGGGUUCCAAGGCCCGGUUGGAAAACCAGGUACAAAAGGUCUGCCAGGCAGAUCUGGUUUGAAAGGACGUGACGGCUUACCUGGAUCGCCUGGCACCGUUGGGGAUCCAGGCCCUGUGGGUACCCCAGGACCACAGGGAUUUGAAGGUGUCGCUGGAAAGCCAGGCUCGCUUGGUUUGCCAGGAAUGCCAGGUCGGAGCGUGGGCGUUGGGUACACCUUAGUGAAGCACAGCCAGUCAGACCAAAUCCCACCUUGCCCCAUAGGAAUGAACAAGCUCUGGGAUGGCUACAGCUUACUGUACGUGGAGGGGCAGGAAAAAUCACACAACCAGGAUCUUGGGUUUGCCGGCUCCUGUUUGCCUCGCUUCAGCACCAUGCCUUUUAUUUACUGCAACAUCAACGAAGUGUGCUACUACGCCAGCCGCAAUGACAAGUCCUACUGGCUCUCCACCACUGCUCCCAUCCCCAUGAUGCCAGUGGACAGCGUGCAGAUCCCCCAGUACAUCAGCCGCUGCUCCGUCUGUGAAGCACCCUCCCAGGCUGUGGCCGUGCACAGCCAGGAUAUCACCAUCCCCCAGUGUCCCCUUGGUUGGCGCAGCCUCUGGAUAGGAUACUCCUUCCUCAUGCACACAGCAGCUGGUGCAGAAGGUGGAGGUCAGUCCCUCGUCUCACCUGGUUCUUGCCUGGAGGAUUUCCGCGCUACUCCGUUCAUUGAAUGCAACGGUGCCAGAGGGACGUGCCAUUACUUUGCAAACAAAUACAGCUUCUGGCUCACGACCGUCGAACAGUCACAGCAGUUUGUCAGUGCCCCUCCCUCAGAAACCCUGAAAGCAGGACAGCUUCGAACAAGGGUCAGCCGCUGCCAGGUGUGCAUGAAGAACUUGUAACAAAAAUGCACAAAAAUAACUCUCGUUACCUAAGAAGAGUAGGUAUCACUGCUGUGAAGAAGGAUAAAUUCUAACCGGUUUUGUGCGUGCUUGAUGGAUGAAUCAAGAUGGCCAGAAUUCCACAAAAAUCAAGUGUCAAGGGCAGGAGUUUGCACACAGAGAAGGGAAGACCAGUGCUCUGAAACCUGUUUUAUGGAACAUGGUGCUAUGCUUCUACUUUAAUGUUGUUUGGGUUAUUUUUCCUCAUUUAUGGCUACCUCAGAAAGCCUCUGCGAGUUCCUUAUUCAGACUGAAGAGUAACUGCUGUCUCACGUUACACCACUCCUCUGUCCAAGCCACACACCAAUCAUCAAGAGAGACUUCUCAAAAGUUAUGCUUUACUAGCGUCUUUGCAAACAGUAUUUGGUCUAGUAUAUGGAAAUGAAGUCUCAUUCUCCUCAGAAAUACAGAACUAGCCAAAAUUUAUAAUGCAUUGUAGAUGAUUUGCAUCACUGACUUAAGCAUUAAUGAUUGAUAACUGACUUCAUUAGGAGGAGUCAGAGAUGAAUUUGUUUUGCUUUGCUUGUUCAACAGAUGGGAUGUUCUUUGGCUUUCUGACGAGUAAUCAAUUGUAAUCCAGACUCAUAUCCAUGGUUGACUUAUAAGAGCUAUCCCAGUGAAAAAUAUACUUUUUGAUGCGGAAUCCAAAACAGCCCUAGCAUUCUUCAUAGCUUUCUGUUGAGAUAUAUUCCAGGUAAAAUGUUUACUUCAGGGUUUGUGCUUAUCUUCGUGCAGGCAGGAACACUUCAUUAUUAUGAACAUAAAUCUUUCUGAGGUAGCCUUGGCACGGUUAUCUUGUAAUUAUUCAAGCUGAGUGUAUUUAAAAAGUAGAGGCUUACUAAACAGCAUGCAGGCUUAUGCAAACACAGAAGAAAGCAGUUAUGAGAUGUACAUUUUUAUUUCUGCAGUCACGAUCUGUUGUAUUCUUCCUUUAGGCUUUAUUUCUCUCAGUUUAAAAAACUGUAUUCCUAUUGUAUGCAUUGUUAAGAAGUCCUACUUACCUUCAGAGCGUAAUUAAAAAGAAAUGUUACUAAUUUUAACAUCCUUACAUAUUUUGAAGGAAAGCCAUGAAAAAAGCAAGUGAAUGUAACGUAUAUCACAAAUUCAUUUAGCUGGGCUAAAGCUGUUAUGCAUCUCUCUUUCUAGAGGGAAGCAUACGAAAUCCUUAUAUAUUGACAUUCCAUGACAUUUAAAAGAAGUGCCUUGCAAAUACACCAGCACCUUGGCAUAAAGAUUGUAAAGAUUAUUUUUUUUCAGGAAAUUACUACUAAUACAAGACCGAGACAUUAUUGUAAAGUGUUAUUUCUUUACUAGGUUUUAGAGCUCUAGCUCUAUCCAGCAAACUAUUUACGAAAGUGCUUAGUUUUAAGCAGGUAAUAUUUUUACCUUUGAGGGAUUUGAUCGUUAAGGUCACAACCCUUCCAACCCAAACAAUGUUUUUUUGAUUUGGAUUUUGCAUAACUAGGAUUUUGUCAAUUAAUUAUAUGCAUAAUGUGAUGUUACUUUCCCAGAUCAGGGUCAGAGAGCUCUGCCUAUUUUAGAGUUGAAUCACAUUUUAGUCUUUCAUUUAACAUAUUCCUACUUGUGAAAGACCUGCAACUGCUUUGGAUGUAUUUUUAAAAUAUUUUUUAAGGCAUUUUAACACUCCCGAGUGACAAUCCUUCUGUGCACAAUAUCUAAUCUACUUCUUAGCUGUCCUAGCACAGACAGAUCAUAUGGUAUCUGCAUCUUGGUUUAAGCAAAUGCAACUUUAAAAAACUGUCUGCACAUAGUAAAGCUCACUGUCUUUUGAAAAUUUCUGCAAUUAACUCUGGGAAACUCCAACAGGGACUUGUUUUUAUUUUUGAA